AUUUAUUUUAACUUGUAGUGAUGUCCUGCUUGUAGUCGUUUUGCCAUUCUUUGCUUACUGUAUAGCUAUUGGCAAGACGCUAAGCUGCGAGACUUGUGUAAGAAUAGCAGAACAAAUGUGAAUGUCUUGUUGAUCAAUAAUCGCGUCUGCCGUCCCCGGCACUCGCCUCUCACCACCGUAACGAAACGCAAAAGGCCCCUCGGCUAUUGUAAUCCACCUACGACAGCGCGGCGGGGCGCAGAGACUUGGCACGAGCCACGCCACAGCCAAUCAGAACUCGAGGAGUGAUGGCUCGCGGAGACUUAUAAAACAGUGGCGGCUGCUGAGUGAGCCAGCAGUCUGAGUGUGUCGUUACUCUGCGGUCUUUGUCGUGCUGGUGCUGUGCAAACCCCAGGUCUGGAUUAUGACUUUGUAUAAAACUCCCAAAGCGACAAAUCCAAGUGAAUCUGCUGACAGGAUGCAGUGUGCUGGCAAAGCCUUGGAAGAGCUGCUCAUCUCAGCUAAGCAUCAGGAAUGUCUUACCGUCGGAGUCUACGAGUCUGCAAAAGUCAUGAAUGUAAAUCCGGACAGCGUGGCUUUCUGCGUGCUGGUCACCGACAAGGAGUACGAGUGCAACAUCGCCUUGCAGAUCCACUUCACUCUCAUCCAGGCUUUCUGUUUUGAAAACGACAUCGAUAUUGUAAAAGUGAACGACCUGCAACACAUGGCAAAAAUCGUCGGGUGUCCAGGGAUGUCUUGCGAUCUGCAAGAUAUGCACUGUGUUCUCCUUACGAGCCCAAACGAAAAAUCGUGGAGAGACAUCAAUCUACAGAAGCUCAAUGCCUACUGUGAAGAGAGCCGCAUCUGUAACGAGUUUCUGCCUGUCGUCACAUUGCCUGCAAGAUGAGCUAUGAAGAAGCGAAUAUGCAUCUGGCUGUCGUGAUGAUACGAUCUGUGUGUUCAGAUGUUGCAUCCUGAACCUUCGCUCUGGAUUAUCCCCUUGAGGGGACCAGAAGUUGCAGUGCAGACCGGAUUACAUCAGAGAAAUCGGUUCAUGAAGAAAAAGUGGUAGCCAUGUCCAGGGCUUUGCUAUGGGGAACAUCAAGAUGAUUUACAAAACUAGAGGGAAAUGGGACACAGUAUGGCCUUGUGGUUUAAGAUUGCAACCGACAAUAAAGGCAUAGUAGGACUGAUUUAUGGACUGCUGAUGAGUUGGACUCGAGAGGAUGUGAUCGAAGUGAGUGCGUCAGAAACUUCGGAAAACACUGUGUAGUUAAACAUAAAAUGUUUAAAUUUAAAUGUUUAAUAAAACAGUUGAAAAGAU